UCUCUCUCUCUCUCUCUCUCUCUCUCUCUCUCUCUCUCUCUCUCUCUCUCUCUCUCUCUCUCUCUCUCUCUCUCAGCUCGCCUGUCAGAGGAACGCCACUGUAGGAGGCUACCCUCCCCGGACACCGUGCGAGAGUUAGCCGCAGUGGUGCCCUAAAGCUCAAGGCUCCCCUCUCAGAGACUAAUCAUGGCUACUAUCGUUACCUCCACCAGAUUCACCGACGACUACCAACUCUACGAAGAACUCGGAAAGGGAGCUUUCUCUGUGGUGCGACGUUGUGUGAAGAAGUCGUCUGGCCAGGAGUACGCAGCAAAAAUCAUCAACACUAAGAAGCUGUCUGCCAGAGACCAUCAAAAGCUGGAGCGAGAGGCCCGUAUCUGCCGUCUGCUAAAACACCCCAACAUCGUGAGACUCCAUGACAGUAUCUCUGAAGAAGGCUUUCAUUACCUGGUCUUUGACCUCGUGACGGGAGGAGAGCUGUUUGAGGACAUCGUAGCCAGGGAGUAUUACAGCGAGGCAGACGCCAGUCAGUGUAUUAAUCAGAUCUUGGAGAGUGUCAAUCAUAUCCACCAGCAUGACAUCGUGCACAGGGACCUCAAGCCUGAGAACCUGUUGCUGGCCAGCAAGCUGAAGGGAGCAGCAGUGAAGCUAGCAGACUUUGGGCUAGCCAUCGAGGUGCAGGGAGACCAACAGGCCUGGUUUGGUGAGAGAGCUUUCUCUAAUAAACCCACACGCCAACACUUCCCCUCUCCAGAGUGGGACACAGUCACUCCAGAGGCUAAGAACCUGAUCAACCAGAUGCUGACCAUCAACCCAGCCAAGAGGAUCACCUCUGAGCAGGCCCUCAAACACCCCUGGGUCUGCCAACGCUCCACCGUGGCGUCCAUGAUGCACAGACAGGAGACUGUGGAGUGUCUGCGCAAGUUCAACGCUCGCCGAAAACUGAAAGGGGCCAUCCUGACCACAAUGCUGGUCUCAAGAAACUUCUCAGUGGGCCGGCAGCAUACCAACUCUGCUGCUGCCUCCUCCACUGCCUCGCUGGCACAGGAAGCUUGCAAAAGUUUACUCAACAAGAAGUCUGACUCUGCCAAGCCUCAGACCAACAACAGUAAGAACAGUAUAGUGAGCGCCAUCAAUGCCCUGAAAGAAAGCAACAUGGCAGCAAACUCCCAGAUGGAAUCCCAGAGCACGGUGGUGCACAACCCCCCUGAUGGCGUCAAGGGUUCCACGGACAGCAACACCAACGACGAGGAAGAUAUGAAAGCGGACAGCUCGGUGGUCAGUCAGGGCAGUGCCCAAGAGGAGAUGCCCCCCCUUCUGUCCUCACCUCACAACUCACCUGCCACCACUCCUCUGCAUGAUGUAAAGCGUAUGGCAUGGAACAGUUCAGGCCCCUCCGGCCCAGAGGCCCAGCCUGCUCCUCCUGCUGCUCCUCUAGGGAGCACCGUCCUCACUAGCACCCAGCCCACCCGUAAGCAAGAGAUCAUCAAGAUCACAGAGCAGUUAAUUGAAGCUGUCAACAAUGGAGACUUUGAGGCAUACACGAGGAUCUGUGACCCGGGACUGACCUCGUUCGAACCCGAGGCCCUGGGCAACCUGGUAGAGGGCAUGGACUUCCACAAGUUCUACUUUGAGAACUUGCUGAGCAAGAACAGCAAGCCGGUCCACACCACCCUGCUGAACCCCCACGUUCACCUGAUUGGCGAGGACGCCGCCUGCAUCGCCUACAUCCGGCUCACCCAGUUUGUGGACGCACAGGGCCGUCCCCGCUCCAGCCAAUCAGAGGAGACCAGGGUGUGGCACCGUCGCGACAGCAAGUGGCUCAAUGUUCACUUCCACUGCUCAGGGGCCCCUGCCGCUCCGCUGCAGUGAUCAGCCAGGGUGGUGAGGCUCCAGUUGGAGUUCAUGUUUUGGGGCAUUUUGGGCUAGUGUGUUUUAGAGGCUUGUCCUCUGUGUGGCCAAUGCCAGGAGCCCGGCUGGGCGAGACCACACCCUCUCCACAACACCAACCAAUCCCCUCCUUCCUUUGAUCCGCUGGGGGCUGGCCGAGUGCGGACCUCGCCCCCUGGGAUGAUGCAUGCAUCUGGCGCCCAAUAGGAGGGCUCGUCUCUGCCCUCUGAACCCCUCCCCUGGCAGCCAUCUUUCUUCUGCCCGUGUGAGAUGACAGCAAACGGGGGAGGAGAGGGUGAACCGUUGAACUUGUGACAGUUAUGAGUAUGAGUUAUGAUUAUACUGUGUAAAAUAUGACUAGAUGUACCAGACACCACCGAACCCAAGCAAGCAUUUCUAAACCAAUAAGGGAGGAGAGUGGGGAGUGAGAUUUUAGCAGCUGAGAUGUCUGUCUGUCUGUCUCUACGAGCCAUCGGGCAGAACUUGCGUUGUGUUGGAAUGUCGGAAGUUGUGAUGUUAGGAUGUAGGGAACACUUUCCCAACCGGAAGUGUAGAGGGAAAAAAAACAAGUCAGUUCAAUCAGAACUUGAUGAGGUGAAAACUUGAUAUCAAAAGGUGAAGCACCAAAGUGUAGAGCUGUAGGCUUUUUUUUUGCGUUUCUGUGUUGUUUUUUUGUUAUUGUUUUGUUGGUUAGUUUGUUUACAGAGAGAAGGGAAGGGUAGGGGCUGGGUUUGACAACGCUUCGUUGUGUUUCAGCAUCGUAUCCAGCUGCAUUGUUCUGUGAAUAUCUGAGACUUGUGUCUGACUGACUCUGUAUCUGAGGCAAAUUUUAAGUGAGUUUAAAAAGAAGAAAAAAACUAUAACUUUUUAUCGUGCAAGUGAAGCUGCUGUGCGUGUCUGUGUGUUGGUAUGUCUGUAUGCAGUCAGGGAGAGGUGGGCUUUGGGAAAUGGUCUGCGUUUUGCAUGUUUUCCCCCCCCUCUCUCUCUCUUUCUCUCUCUCUCUCUCGCUCUCUCUCUCUCUCGCUCUCUCUCUGUGUGUCUAACCACCCGUCUAGUCACUCUACCCUGUUUCCUUCUAGUCACUGUGUAUGACAGUGGGUGUAGAAAUGUGUAUAUACAUGUACAUGCAUUCAAGAGACACUCCCACGGGACACCUAACCAGCCAGCCCCUGAGUAUCACCUCACAUCCUUAUCCGGGCCUGACUGCUUGCACAUUUUAAAGCAUGCUCCUCCUAAUUGUGGGAGUCUCUCUCUUGCGCGCACACACACACACACUCAAGAACUAGGUCACAUGGACAAGUACUUUUUGAGUAUAUAGAAAAGAUCCAUUGAGAGGGAUUCAGCUUGCAGUUCAGGUGUCCCAACCGUAACUCUCCCCACCCCUCCACCCUACCCGGAGCUGUGUCUCAUGCUGGUCCCUGGUCUGGUGGCAGGGCCUGGUGGCAGGGCCUGGUGGCAGGGCCUGGUGGCAGGGCCUGGUGGCAGGGCCUGGUGGCAGGGCCUGGUGGCAGGGCCUGGUGGCAGGGCCUGGUGGCAGGGCCUGGCUGUGGAGCAGCUCUGCCUCUGUGUGGGGGAGAUGCUGGCCUGCUGCUGUGCUGAUGUUGUGUAUUCAUCCACCCAUGCAGCUGUCCCCACCUUCAUCAUGACCUGGUCAUCCACGUUUCAGACAUGGCUGUUUCAGACAUGACUGUCUCUCUGUUUCUGUGUUGGGUUGGGUUUUGUUGUGGUUAUUGCUGUUUUACUGUUGUUUACUGUUGGUAAUGUACCGCUCAGCCAAGCUAGAGUUCUGCACUCUCCCUGUAGCACACACACACACACACAGACUGAAUGCCCCUUACUGACACAUUUUAGAAUGGUAGUUAGAUUUAUAAUAUGAUCGCCAACCAGAUUUGAAAGAAUUGUUAUGAACUGAAAGUUAACAAACACUGAUACACCCACACACACAAUAGAAAGGGAAAGAAAAUAAGCAGUAAUUGAAAACAUUGGAAUAUGAUUGAAUAUUUAUUGAUUUAAGUACAAUUAUUGAUCUGUAGUAGUCUACCCUUUAGCGGUAAUUGAAUUGCAGGGCUCUUUCUGAGAGAGGAUGAGAAAGGGAGAGAGUGUGUUGGCCAGCAGGAUCAGAUGUACCAUGCUGUGGAACACCAGAGGGACAUCUAGUAUAUGCAUGUUUCAGUUGAGCAUUUCUACCAUGUACCUAAUUGAAUACGGAUGGAGAUAAGAGUUUAUCAUGUAUAACAAUAUUUGCAUCUUUGAAAUGAAAGCUUCCAUCCAGAAUGUUGAAUAGGUGACAUAUAUAUAUAUAUAUUUAAAAAUACAAAAAAGCAUUUGAAAAAACAUUUUGAGGAGCCGUAGCUUGGUAUGAGGCCCUUGUUGUUAGUAUUUCCCCAGCAUUGUACCGAUAUACUACUACUACUACUAUUACAGGGCUGUGCUUUCUCUCCAGCCUGCACUCGGACGCUGGAGUUUUUUGCAUGAUCAUGAUGUACAAUUAAUACAACCAUGAAUUGACGACUAUUAAGUGUUUGUCUGAAUGUUAGUUGGUCUUCAUCAUAGCUUUGUUAUUCUUCAAAACUUGGAUCUUGAAAGUAUUUAAUAAAAAUACUAUUUCAGCAUC